GCACAAGAUCGAAAAGUAGUGUGGCGCCAUCCACGUCGACGUGUGUGUAUGACGUAGAUGGCCAGUGGACGGUGUAUCUACCUCAGCUGGAAUCGGUGCCAUACGUCAUUUGUAUUGUGCUAGCUGUGUCGCCGUCGUCGGCUACUGGACGUCCUUGGUCACGACCACAUCGAACCAUGGUAUACGAUUUGUCCAGUGGCGGCAUGCAGACAUGCGGCUGUGCUGUUGGCCGGCCAUGCACUUGUGGCUACCUUCUUCGUCGCGUGGUUAACGAAGGCGUGCUCACUGUUACCGAGGAGGACGAAUUGCUUGAAGUUGCUCCAGGCGUCGUCCUGCGGCUGAAAAAGGAAUACGAGGACGUACCAGGCACUCGACUCUUCCGCCGCAUGCAUCAGUACCGCCUCUCGUUGCGGGAUGCGAUCGCCGAGUUCAGCAGUGCAAUUACAAUCGCCAACAGCCACAGAAAGGUCGUGUCGUUUGAGCUGCUGGACGUUGCCCACCGCCGCAAACGACUCGUCGAAGGGACGACCCCCACAUCGACCGGCAGCGGUAAACCAGUCACCAAGAAAGAGCUGCAGGAUAUACAGUACAUGGUGUCUGCCUACUCGGACCUCACUACGCACUUGAAAGGCCGACCUGAGGGGUUCGCACCGAGCACCAUCCCCGUGUCCAUCCACGUACUUGGCCCCCACUUGGACCUUCUCCACGCCCAGCUCACAGCCACCAUUCAAAAAGCCAAAGCAGACCUUACAGGAUGCAAAACGUUUGUGCACAACUACGCCAUGUCGCGCAUCCAAUCGAUCGUGCGGGGUCGCCGUGUGCGCGCCCAUCACACGGCAUCCCUCGUCACGACCUGGUUUGGCGGCGAGUUGGCGGCCGCCGUGUUGUUGCAGUGCUUUUCCAGGACCGUUCGAGCGCGGUGGCGUGUCGCCGAGUGUCGACGGCGGCACCAGCAUCGCAUUUGCAUGCUCGCGACCAUCCACAUGCAGCGCACUGUGCGCGGCUACCUCGGCCGAAAGGUGGCUGCCACGAAACGAGUCUCGCAGCGCAUGGUCCAGGAAUCGCAUGCCGUCGUGACGUUGCAGUGCUGGGUGCGCUGUCUCGUGGCAUUUCGACUGGCCAAAGUCCGCCGGAAUCUGCGAGACGCCGCGAGGGCUCGCGUCCGACGGCAGGAGGCCGCCCUGAAUGUACAGAGAGUGUAUCGGGGCCAUGUGGGUCGGGUGAAGGCGCGGCAAGCCAAGAUCCAGCGCAGCUUGAGUGACCCCGUGCGUAACCUCGUCGCAGAAUUUCAAGCGACGGGCGACCUCUGGGCGUUUGUGCAGGCGGUGGACAAGGACUACCGGCAGUUUGACCGCGACCGCCAGGCCGAAGAAGACAACGCGACCACGUUUGUCACCAAAGUCCUACGGGAACGCAUGCUGCACCAAGAACGGUCGCUGCUGGCGUGGCAUGCGUCAAGAGCGAUGGCGUCGCCGGUGGUCGCCCACCAGCGCCGCCUCGACUCGGCAUACGAGUCCCCGCUGCCGUCCGUGUCGUCGUCGUCUUCGCCCGGGGUCCUCACGUCGCCCGCUGGAUCCUCGACCCAAUCGGGUGGUGGCGUGGUGGCCCCCCACUCGCUGUUUGAAUUGACUACGUCGGACGACGCCAUCCACAUGCAUCAGAUCGCUCCAGAAACUAUCGACCUUCCUGACAAGUACCCCCCGCAUGUCAUUCGACAUGCAAUGGCCCAAGGCUACGCCGUCGACGAAAUCAUCGCUGCUUUGCGAGGGCUGGAGGCACAAGGCAAGUCCACACGCAACGUCGCGUUGGUGUUGCGUGAAUUGAAGCGCCGGACGCCACUCAUGCUGAAUGCGUUCAAGUCGGAGCGCGUGGUGCGGCAGCAGCGACACAAGAGUCCCCCAAAACAUCAUCCCCUACGACAUCAACCCCCCUCUCCACUCACAGCGUCGCGUUCCUUCGAUCAAGCGAGCAGCCCCAUGUCGUCCACGCCUUCGUCAUCAUUGUCACCAUCGAGUGAUACGUUUGAAAUUGUCGACAUGACUGUGGUGACAACGUACCUGCUACAGAUGCUUCCGGAUGGUCUGGACGAACCCAUGGCCAAAAUCACGUUUGCCGCGGCCAUGCUCGUGUACAUUCCGCCCCUGGUGGACGUGAAUGGGGGCGCGACGACAGGCAGCACCUCCCCACCGUGGACGUCGUCGCCCAAUUCCCACUUUGCCGCGUACGUCAACGCCCCGUCGGCGCUGCUUCAGAUCCGACGGGAGCAACUCGUGACGGCAGCAAUUGCACCUUUCGCCACGAUAUUCAAAACCCAUGAGGUCGUCCAUGGAGCCGACUUGGACCGUAUUUCGACGCCACUGACACAGCUUCAGACGUGGGGGGUGCCAGUGGGAGUCGCCCACAGCCUUGUCCACGUGCUCAAAUGCUGCCGACGACGACAACAGCACAUCGACCCACGGUACAUCCGACAACAAACGGCGACGAGCCCUGCUCGCCGUUCCGUCCAGAAAGAGUCGCCAGGAGCGCCUGCCACCCCCCGAGGCUCCACGGCCGACACGGUGGCGUACGACGUGUCCUCCCGCGCGUCGACGGCGGUUGUCUCCUCCACGCCCCCGACUCCCCCCGAAGGUUCCACUUCAGAGUCCGACGAAGACCUCCACCGCCGGCAAUUUGCCGAAAUGAAGACCCGCAUCGAGGCCACGGCGCUGACUCCCUUGGGGAUGGACAGCUCGCUGUUUGACUUGUUCUUCCAAGCGCUAUUUGUUGUAUUGCCGACUGAGGCCGACCUGUCUAAUAACCACGAGUUGAAUGCAGCGACGUCGUUGGACGCGCGCCACCUGGACACGUUCGUGUACCAGUUGCUCGACCCAGCAUUAAGCAUGCAUGCGUCCCACCGCCUACUCAAGCGACGAAGCCAACGGACGGCCACCAUGGCCCGAGCGUACAGCAACGCGUGCAAGGCGGCCAACUGCCACAGCGUCAAGGACAUUGUAAAUCGGUCGUUGGAGCCGUUCCAUGUACCAGACGUACUGGCCGAACAAGUGCGUGUGUGCAUCGGCAAAGUGCUGUUUCCGCCAUGCCAUCGUGACGUGGACAAGCACGAACGCGCCAAGUCGCCGAAACAACUGGCAAAGCUGAUGCCGCUCCACGUCCGGAUGGACUCGCCGCUCCUCCGAUCUCGAGGCAAGAUGCCAGGCAUGGAGGAGCUGCCGACGAUCCUCCACCUCGUGGACGACCUCUAGGUAAAUGCGUCCAUGGUCGCUCCGAACGCCGCGUCCAUCACGAACAGCCGCAUCAAGUCCAGCUCGACUGGGGACUCAUCGUCUGUCGGACGACACAACGCCGUCGUGUUGCCUGGGACAUGGAGCUCCCGUCGAGAUUUCUCGAGACUUGCUUGCGUUGCUGCCAUGUGUUGAAGCCGCCGCCACUGGCCUUGCAGCACUGGUUGUAGACUGGUUAGGUCAUGAUCCAUCUAACACGUAGACGUGUUUGUGUAUAUUGAGCCAUCAAGGAAAG